UCUUCUCUUUUGGCCAAUUCUCACGUUCGUAUUCACACUUCUCCUCUAUAAAUAUCCGCCUUCUCCCUCGCCUCUAGGAGCCCCAGGCCCCAUACUCUCCGCUUGCCUCUUGGAUCUCACUUCAUCUUCUAACCGAAGGGAAAAGCUAGAGGUAGGAGAAAAUGUCUGAAAAUAAUAUAGUUCAGAGCGUCACCAUUGAAGACAGUUCUGAUCAGUUCUCUAAGCCCCUCAGUGCAAAGAAACUUUCCUCCCAAAAAUUGCGCCGGAAUGACUCUCUGGAAAUUGAAUCUCGCAAGUUUCCUGGAAGUCAACUCCACGGCUCUAAGGCCGUGAGCUGGUCGGUGAUCUUGCACUUGGCAUUCCAAAGCAUUGGGAUUGUAUAUGGAGAUAUCGGUACAUCACCACUGUAUGUGUACUCGAGUACUUUCACCGAUGGUAUUCGCCACAACGAUGAUAUCUUGGGUGUACUUGCUUUGAUUUUGUAUACCAUCACUCUCAUUCCUCUAGUCAAGUACGUCUUAAUCGUCUUGCGUGCCAACGAUAAUGGCGAUGGAGGGACGUUUGCUUUGUACUCGCUGAUAUGCCGAUAUGCUAAAGUGGGUCUUAUCCCAAGCGAACAAGCCGAGGACCACGAUGUAUCCAAUUUCCAGCUAGAGUUGCCUAGCAAGAGCAUGCGGAGGGCAACCAAGCUGAAAUCUAAGCUGGAAAAUAGCCAAUUCGCCAAGUUCUUCCUUCUCUUCGCCACCAUGCUUGGCACUUCCAUGGUCAUCGGAGAUGGCGUUCUUACUCCUUGCAUUUCAGUUUUAUCAGCUGUGGGAGGGAUCAAGCAAGCCACUACUAAAAUGACCGACGAUAUGAUUGUUUGGAUAUCAGUAGCUAUCUUGAUCUGCCUGUUCAUGGUCCAAAGGUUCGGGACUGAUAAAGUGGGAUACACUUUUGCUCCAAUAAUUUGUGUCUGGUUUACGAUGAUUGGUUGUAUUGGCGUUUACAAUUUCUUCAAGUAUGACCCUUCCGUUAUCAAAGGCUUAAAUCCAAAGUACAUAGUAGAUUAUUUCAAGAGGAACAAGGACAAAGCAUGGAUUUCACUUGGUGGGGUUGUCCUUGCCAUAACAGGAACGGAGGCCCUAUUUGCAGAUGUUGGCCAUUUCACAGUUCGAUCCAUACAAAUAAGUAUGUGCACUGUGACCUACCCAGCUCUUAUAUGUGCAUACACUGGCCAAGCUGCUUUCCUUAGAAAGCACAAUGAUCUUGUCCCCGAUACCUUUUAUAAGUCUAUACCAGACCCUCUCUACUGGCCCAUGUUUGUGGUGGCCGUUUUGGCUUCAAUCAUUGCUAGCCAAGCCAUGAUUUCUGGGACCUUUUCCAUCAUCCAGCAAUCGCUCUCACUUGGAUGCUUCCCUCGUGUGAAAAUUGUGCACACAUCCACUAAAUAUGAAGGACAAGUCUAUAUUCCUGAAAUCAAUUACCUUCUUAUGCUUGCUUGUGUCGGAGUUACUCUUGGUUUUAGAAGUACUGCAAAUAUCGGCAAUGCAUAUGGGAUUGCUGUGGUGUUUGUAAUGACUCUCACAUCAGCCUUGCUUGUAUUGAUCAUGCUCAUGAUUUGGAAAACCAACGUUCUUUUUGUAAUUGCCUAUGUGCUAACCAUUGGGGUGGUGGAGCUUGUUUAUUUAAGUUCGGUCCUCUACAAAUUUGAUCAAGGAGGAUAUUUACCGUUAGCCUUUGCUGCAGUUCUGAUGACUAUAAUGUUUGUCUGGAAUGAUGUGUACCGAAGAAAAUACUAUUAUGAGCUCGAAAACAAGAUUUCUCCAGAUACGCUAAAGGAGAUUGCUGCUGAGACCAAUUUCAGUAGACUUCCUGGACUUGCCAUGUUCUACUCUGAGCUUGUUCAGGGCAUCCCUCCCAUCUUCAAGCAUUAUGUGGAAAAUGUGCCUGCACUUCACUCGGUACUUGUUUUUGUCUCCAUUAAAUCACUUCCCAUUGGAAAGGUUCCGGCAGAAGAACGAUUCCUUUUCCGCAAGGUAGAACCAUCGGAGCUCAACGUGUUCCGUUGUGUAGCACGAUAUGGAUACACGGAUGUUCGCAAUGAGAAUGAGCCAUUUGAGAGAAUGUUGAUUGAAAAAUUGAAGGAGUUUAUCAGAGAUGAUUACUGGUUAAGAAAAGCAAAUCUGAAAAAUGGUGAGGAUGCCAAUGAUGAAGAAUCACAUGAUGGACAAUUUGACGAAAAUAGAAACACAAAGCGAGAAGAUUUACAGGACGUAGAUAAGCAAAUGGAUAUGAUCGACAAAGCAUGGCGUGCUGGAGUUGUUCACUUGAUCGGAGAGAACGAGGUGGUUGCAGGCAAAGGAGCAAAUAUUGGGAAAAGAAUUUUGAUAGAUUAUGCAUUCAAUUUCUUGAAAAGAAACUUGAGACAAAGUGAGAAAGUGUUUGAUAUUCCUCAGAAACGCAUGCUUAAAGUGGGUAUGACUUAUGAGCUUUAGGAAAUGAAAGUAAAAUCAAGGAGGGAUAUGGAGCAACAUGAGAGCCCUGGAUAUGAAAAGAUAGUUGGCUCAGUCGGAAGAUUCCCCGUUCAGAGUUGAAACAGAAUUCAAUGAAUGAAGCAAUUAUCAUUGUAAAGAAUAAAACAGAAUGUUUUGUAUGUAGAGAGUUUAGAAUUUCUCAUGCAGAGAAUGAUGCAUAAUUCUUUCUCUGCAAUAUAUGUAAGUUAAAUUUCAGCAAUUAAGGAUAUAUAUAAAUAUUGUUACCAUUA